GAUGGUGAAGAUUAUCUUCUUUUUAAUAGUCACAGUCUUUGUGAGCGCGAAUGCAGGAGGCCUCUCAAUUCCAGGCACCGACUUGCAUUUCAAGCUUCUGACUGCUAAUGUUACCGGGACACCAAAUGAGUAUUUGGAACAUGCAGCAAUAACAAUUCACCCAGAUGGUUACACUUGUGAUGUAAAUACUGUUAUUGUUAAACAGUAUCCAACAAAUGUAAUGUUGAAUGUUACUAUAACCUACGCUGGUAUGGAAAUGCCACCGAUGAAUUUGGAAGCAUGUAUUGCUUUUUACGAGCAAUGGUUUGUUAAGGGUGUUAUAGAAAAAGGUACACCGAAAGAGAAGUUUCCCCAUAACUGUCCUAUCGACCCGGGCAAUUAUACAGUAAUGAAUUAUGAGGUCCCGAAAGAGAAAAUUCCCCCAGGAACUCCUCCAGGGGCUGUAGACGUAUUUGUCACAAUUUAUAUCCCCGAUGGAUCAACUAUUAUGCAUCUCCAUGUAACAGGAGUACUUGAAGCAGGCGCAUCAGGUACACCACAGCUGCCUCUAGGAAAAUAAAAUGAAGGAAAAAAACAGAGGAAGAAAAUUUGAAUCACCUAUUUAGCAUUGGAACUUAUUAGAUUUAUAAGAGUGACGAUAUACAACUGACAGAUGCACCUAAACUACAUAUACCAGUGGUUUUGUAAAAAUCAUUCUAAUAAGCACAUGAUUACAAGAGUUAUCUCUAACAAGUACAAGUCGUUAUAAAUUAUUAUUGUGUAUCAAUGAAUUCUGUUUAAA